AUGGAGGUUCCGCUUGUCAACUUUGAAAAUGUUGAUGAUGUCGGGAUCAAUCUGGGUGACCCGAAUGACUCAGGGUACCCGACGUCACCCACCUCCGAGACCGCGGACAAUAAUCUCUUAACCCACCCGUUGACGUCGCCUCAUGGGUCUCCCCGAAGAGCACGGCGUAGCCACCGGUACAGUCAAGAAAAACCCUCACCAUCCACUCCACCGACGGUCACCACCAAAGCCAAUUCAAGCAGCGCCAGUCUGAUUUCCAACCUCAAGCUGCUCAGCAACAGCGAGUCUCCCACUGGCAGCGUCUUCAGUAAAAUGGUGAAGGAUUGUUAUGACAAUGAAGACUUGUUUGAAAGGCACUACGGGGAAGAAAAAGAUGAGAAAGUGAUCAUCAACAUAUCUGGUCUGAUGUUCGAGACCCAGCUCAGCACACUAAGCAGGUUUCCCGAGACGCUGCUUGGGGAUCCCAUGAAAAGGAUCAACUACUUUGACCCCAUGAGAAAUGAGUAUUUUUUCGACCGAAACCGCCCGUCCUUUGAUGGCAUUCUGUACUACUACCAGUCAGGCGGCCGAAUCCGCAGACCAGCCAAUGUUCCCUUAGAUGUUUUUGCAAAUGAAAUAGUUUUCUUCGAGUUGGGUCACGAAGCAAUGGAGCAGUUUCGAGAAGAUGAAGGUUUCAUCAAAGAGCCAGAGGUUCUCUUGCCCAGUAAUGAUCUUCAGCGACAAUUUUGGCUCCUCUUUGAGUACCCCGAGAGUUCCAGCGCGGCCAAAUCUGUGGCUCUGGUUUCUGUGUUUGUCAUCGUCAUUUCGAUCUUCAUCUUUUGUCUUGAAACGCUUCCUGAGUUCAGGGACGACAACGAUUUUGUGCCUGGAGUAAUGCAAGUCAUCAACGGAACGCAGAUUCCAGCCCCCCGUCCUCCACCGAAAGACUUCCUUUCGUAUCUUACCGAUCCCUUUUUUGUGGUGGAGACUAUCUGUAUUAUCUGGUUCUGCUUUGAGGUGGCUGUUCGCUUUGUCGUGUGCCCGAGCAAAAGUGACUUCUUCAAUAACAUCAUGAAUAUCAUUGACAUUGUGUCAAUAAUUCCCUAUUUUGUCACACUGGGGACGGAGCUGGCUACGACCCCUGAAGAUGACAUGAACUCGGGUCAGAACAUGUCCCUGGCCAUCCUGAGAAUUAUUCGUCUGGUGAGGGUAUUCAGAAUCUUCAAACUCUCCAGACACUCAAAAGGACUUCAGAUUUUGGGGCAGACCUUGAAAGCUAGCAUGCGUGAACUUGGGCUGCUCAUCUUCUUCUUAUUCAUCGGUGUGAUCCUUUUCUCAAGUGCCAUCUACUUCGCAGAAGUGGAUGAACCCCAGACACAGUUUGUCAGCAUCCCAGAUGGUUUUUGGUGGGCUGUGGUGACCAUGACGACAGUGGGUUAUGGCGACAUGUGCCCCAUCACCAUGGGGGGGAAAAUGGUUGGGACCCUUUGUGCCAUUGCAGGUGUCCUGACCAUCGCCUUGCCAGUUCCUGUUAUUGUAUCCAACUUUAACUAUUUCUAUCACCGUGAGACGGAGCAGGAAGAGAAGCACAUGAUGGACGCUGCGGCUGAGGCUGCUCAGAAAACAUCUGCGGCGAACAAGUAUGGAAGCACACCGUCACUCAGCAAAAGCAAUGGCACAUGGCAGAAUGAGAAAAAUGGCAUACACUGA